GGACAACUCUCCUCUGGAAGAUCUUCCCAGCCCACAUCUACAUUGCAGUUCUUUGUGUACUGUGGGUAGUUUAUUCCAGAGAACUUGAACCCAUACUUAUCAACCGUAGAUGGGGAUUAGCUGCUAUUUGCUCCGGCUUCACUCAAAUAUGGCUAGUUUAGUCGCUUGCAGAAGCCUUCUUGGAAUAUUUGAAGCAGGAUUCGGAGCCGGUGCUCCUUACUUCCUCUCACUUUUCUACCAAAGACGUGAGCUUGGGUUGAGAGUCUCUGUCCUGCUCGGCAUAUCCCCUCUGGCCAACUGCUUUGCUUCCGCUCUCGCCUACGGAAUCACGCAUAUCCACACAUCCUGGGGAGCAUGGCGAUAUCUUUUUAUCAUUGGUAAGCAAUAGCUUCUUACAAACUCGGAUAUUUCUCACAUCAGCCACAGAGGGUGUCUCCACCAUCCUCUUCGCCCCAAUCGUCUUCUUCUUCCUCCUCGCCGACUCCCUAAGCACUCCCAAAUGCUGCCCUCCCCCCUCCCAACGAUUGUUGCUGAUAUGGGAUACACUUCCAUUAACGACCAAGGCAUGACAGAACCUCCGUAUUUUGCGGCCUUCCUACUCUAUGUCGUGGUUGCGUUCGUGUCGAGGUUUUAGUUGGCGAUUGAGCGCGAGCAAGAGAAGCGUGGUAAUUUGUAGAUUAUACAUUUAGAUUUAGUUUGCUUGAUGAUAUCAACAUACUAUCCCACGUCAAUCCA